AUGGUGCAACUGCAUUAAAUAUGAAGCGGGAUCCCCUGAAACUCAAAAGUGUGGACACUGAAUUUCCACUGACACUUGGUCGAGAUGUCUCUGGUGUUAUUAUGGAAUGUGGACUCAGUGUGUCUUAUUUCAAACCUGGAGACGAGGUGUGGGCAGCAAUUCCUCCGUGGAAACAGGGCACUCUGUCAGAGUUUGUGGUAGCUAGUGGAAAUGAGGUGUCUUUUAAGCCAAAGUGUCUCAGUCACACAGAAGCUGCCUCCUUACCAUAUGUAGGUCUCACAGCGUGGUCAGCAGUUAACCAAGUUGGAGGACUGAACCAAAACAAUUGUAGUGGGAAAAGAGUAUUAAUAUUAGGAGCUUCAGGAGGAGUUGGUACAUUUGCUGUACAGCUAGUGAAGGCCUGGGGUGCCCAUGUGACAGCAGUUUGUUCUCAUGAUGCCAGCGCGCUGUUGAAAAAGCUUGGAGCAGAUGAUGUGAUUGAUUACAAAUCUGGAAAUCUGGAAGAGCAACUUAAAACAUUGCCCUUAUUUGAUUUCAUCCUAGAUAAUGUUGGUGGAUCCACUGAGAAGUGGGCUCUAGACCUUCUGAAGAAAUGGUCAGGAGCAACAUACGUUACCUUAGUGACACCUUUCCUGAUCAAUAUGGACAAACUUGGAGUGGCUGAUGGCAUGUUACAAACAGGAGUCACUGUUGGUUCCAAAACUGUAAAGCACCUCUUUAAAGGAGUCCAUUAUCGGUGGGCAUUUUUUAUGCCAAGUGGCCCGAAUUUGGAUGAAAUAGCAGAACUAGUUGAUGCUGGAAAGAUUCAACCAGUUAUUGAUGAAGUCUUCUCUUUUUCUGAAGUUCCAAAGGCCUUUCUGAAAUUGGAAGGAGGACACGCACGUGGAAAAACAGUGAUCAAUGUAAUUAGUAAAAAUUAA